AUGAGCAAGUGCUUGUUUGGAGUCAUAUGUUGCGAAAAAAGUGAGGCAACUAGUGUUUUAAAUUUUAUUAUUAUUUAAUUAUUGUAAACAUUGGAGGUUGUUGAAAGAAUACCUAAUCUGCAUACUAUGUCCAUGGAAGCUGAUGUAAUAAGUAAUCGAAGGAUUGAACCGGAAAGAAAUGAUAGGAAAAAGUGUAAACUAUCCACUUAUGAGGAAAAGACUGAAAGUUCAAAAGAUGAAUCAAAUCUGCUAUCAUAUGAUGCUUUGGGAAUCAUCUUUUCAUAUCUACCGGCCAUUGAUUUGUGUCACUGUUCUCAAGUUUGCAAACUAUGGCGUGAUGUAGCGACAUUUGAGUUAAGUAUCAGAAAAGUGAUCAUCCGUUCAGGAACUUAUGAAGAUUUGAUUAAAAAACAUGACGUAAAUAGAAUUUUCGAAAGUUCUAUAAGAAAUAAGCCAAUGCUUAAUUUAGUUUUUAUUAGUAAAGACGGAGUUCUUGCUAAUCUAGGAGAAGAUAAUCGUGCUUUUUUUGGUUAUAAGAAAUAUUUUCCAAAAAACUGCUUCAGUGUAGGCAUAAAUGUUCCUGGACUAGUUAUAGAAAAUGAAGAAUACGAAGAGAAUAAAUGUUUGUCAUCAUAUUUUUUACUGCCAGAUGAUCCAAGUGUCCAUAUUAACAUGAUAAAUGCGUAUUUAACAGUUUCGUAUAUAUUCAAAAGAGAGAAAAAUGAAUAUAUAGGUUCAGCAGAAUAUGAACACGAAAUAAAAUCAGAUUUGUCGGAAAUUUUUGAGAAGGGUAUUGGUGGAUUAGAAAAUCCUGAAUGUGUAAUUUUAUUAUGUAUUGAUGAAAGUUAUAUGGUUCGUAAAUUAAAUAAAAUGAACUUGAGGGGAAUUAAAUCUGUAUGGGGUGGAGUUGUUAAAGAGAUAGACGUAAUAUAUCAGCACGAAGAAGUCGGAGAUGACCUUACAUGGCUAGCUUUGAUAAUAUCUGGAAAGUAUGUCAAAUCUUGGUCGACUUUUUUAGAUAAAAAUGACGUUAAUGAAAAAGACAUUAGAAGUAAACUUUUAAAACUAAAAGAUAAUUUGCAAUUAUACAAACAUACAAUUGGAUUGAUGUUUUCUUGCAAUGGACGAGGUGCACAUUGGUACAACAAUCGUAAAAAUGUAGAGUCUUCAAUAUUUAAAAGUAUUUUUCCAGAGAUUCCUUUGAUAGGAUGUUUUGGAAAUGGAGAAUUUGGAAACUGUAAUGUUAACGCUAAUCCUGAAUAUAAUAUGAAGAGAGAUAAAAUAUAUCGACAAUAUUCAACAUCAUUUAUGAUAUUGACUUACGGCAAAAUCGAUGAAAAUUUGGAAAUAGAUGAUAAUAAUUGAUGAUUGUCGACAGUCAUAACGAAUUAUUAAUAUAUUGGAAGGAUUUGAUGAAAUAAAAAGACAAGAAUUUAUAAAAAAAUUUUUUUUUUUUUUUAUUAUAGUGUACACUUGACCGGCUAGAUGUUUUUAGCUGAUCAUAAUAAAAAUAUAUAAUACUUUUUGUUCCGAAACAGUCUUGAAAAAUAAAAUUAUUUACAUUAACCUAAACUUAACCUAUGACCAGUCUUAGGAGUUCCUUUUUUUUUU